CCCGGCUCCUCCCGCCGACCUGCGCGGAGGGAUGCUGCGGUGAGAGGUGAGGCGGACAUGGCGGCGGCCGCCGGUUCCUCCGCGCUGCGCUCCCGCUUGCUGCGGCUGCGGCGAUGGAGCGCGCUGCCCGGAGCCUCUGGGGCCGCCGGCUACAGCAGCAGCAGCAGCAGCAGCAGCAGCAGCGCCGCCAGUGAUGAAGCAACUGUUAUCUCAGGAGCUAAGCUUGCUAAACAAGUCCAUAAGGAAGUUCGAAGGGAUGUAGAAUCAUGGAUAGCCCUGGGGAACAAGAGACCUCAUCUCACUGUCAUUUUAGUAGGAGACAACCCAGCCAGUCAUACAUACGUAAGAAACAAGAUAAAAGCUGCUGCAUAUGUCGGUAUUCAUAGUGAGAUAAUUCUGAAGCCUAAAGACAUUUCUCAGGAAGAACUUUUAGAUCUGACUGUCCAGUUAAACAAGGAUUCAAAAGUUAGUGGUAUAUUAGUCCAACUACCUCUGCCAGAUCACAUAGAUGAGAGAACAGUCUGCAAUGCUGUUGCUCCUGAAAAAGAUGUUGAUGGAUUUCAUGUUAUCAACAUUGGACGACUUUGUUUAGAUCAGCCUUCUGUGAUACCUGCCACAGCUGCUGCUGUUUGGGAAAUUAUCAAACGAACAGGAAUACAGACAUUUGGAAAAAAUGUUCUUGUAGCUGGAAGAUCUAAGCAUGUAGGAAUGCCUAUUUCAAUGCUUUUACAUACUGAUGGAGGGCACGAAAGGCCUGGAGGUGAUGCUACAGUGACAAUUACUCACAGAUACACUCCAAAAGAGCAGCUGAAGAUCCAUACCCAACUGGCAGACAUUAUAGUAGUAGCUUCAGGUAUUCCCAAGUUGAUUACAGCUGAUAUGGUUAAAGAAGGUGCCACUGUGAUUGAUGUAGGAAUCAACCACAUCCACAACCCUCUUACAGGGAAGACAAAAUUAGUAGGCGAUGUGGACUUUGAGGAGGUGAAGAAGAAAGCUGGCUUUAUCACUCCAGUACCAGGAGGAGUAGGGCCCAUGACUGUUGCAAUGCUACUGAAGAACACACUCCUCGUUGCUAAAAAACUCAUCCUCUAGAAAAUAACUGCUGCAUUAAAAAAAAAUUGAAGUCAUUCUAUUUAUUGAUACGCAAAACAUUUAUUUUUACUACAGAUUAUUUAUUUCUACAUUUUAUUUAUUUUUUCAUGUGAAAUAAUUGAAUGGGAUUAUGUACAAAAUGUUACAAUAUCUUAUGUUACUUCCUAUUGCUGAACUGGGAGUAAAAGAAAUCACAGCUACAGCUUUCACCUAUAUUGUUCUGUGGGUAAAUCUACAUUAAAAUAAAGAACUAACAGUAAUAUU